AUGGCGUUCCUCAGCCAGUUACAAGGCGGAAUUCAGCAGCUGAAGCAGAAAACAACUUCUCUCGUCGAGAACGCUUCCAUCGGCGCGCACAUUCAGUCGAUCAAGGUGAUUCGUGUUUCAAUGAUUUUUCAAAAGACAAAAAGGCCAAGACCAAGUUAUUUCUUGAUCUUUUUGCGAAAAAAUUAAACCAGAAAGAGGUAUCAAAAAAAAAUCGGAUUAUUCAUUCGCAAGUCUGCAUUUUUAAAUUUUUAACGAGCUGGAGGUCAACAAAAUCAUCCGAAUCUGCAAUUUGUGCUUGCUUCUACCUAGUAAAAAAAGACGCAAAAAAAUUUCACUGUAAAGUGGGUUCUUCCUAUAGAAAAAGUGCAAAAUUCAAAAAAAGCCCGAGGAAAAUCAAUUUUUUUCGGUAAGAAAAAAAACAAUCAAAAAGAAGUUUGUACACAAUAAAUGUUAAAAUUAUCACUUGCUUUCAAAAAAAGUUCAAUUUGAUUUGGACGACGGAGGAAAACACGGCGCUUUUUUGACGCCUCGUCCAUAUUUUUUCAGUAAAGUGUAGUGUGUCGUGUGCAUGCACGGCGGCGCUCUUAAACAUAGCGAGUUUAGAGUAAUUUUCGCGAAAUUCAAAAAAAUGAGAAACCAGUUCGUCUCAUGACCCGUUGAACAUGCGCCUUUAAUAUUCCCUGUGACGUCACAUGGGAACGGCGGAGAUUUUGACCAUUUUUUUUGCAUUUCUCCCACUGACAAAAACGCAGUGAUUUUCUUUGGUGUUUUCCCUACCGUAAUCCUAAAAAGGGGCCGUGCUUCUCAAAAUCCUACUUAAAAUCUUCAAGACCUUGUGUAGUCAUUGAGAGCACAAUAUGAGCUCAGAAAAUCCAACCUGAAAUUUUUGUAUAAUACUGUUUCGCCGUUUCUCUCGAGGAACGUGUGUUAAACAAUUCCUUCGCGAUCGUUAACGUGGUUCCACUGAACUUUUUAACUUUUAAAAGAGUUAGGUCAGCUUUUUUUUUACUAUGCUUAUGAUCAGGAUGGCGCUCCGAAGCUCAUGGAGUCGGCGUUCAACAACGGUCUGCUCAACAAAGUGAAGCUCGAUUCGUUGGGGAAGGUUCUGAACGUGCCUUCCUUGGGUCGCUGCCAGUCGCCCAUCGACAUUGUCCCUGUCAUCACUUCCUUCGGGGAACAUCUUCAGAAUGCUCAGUUUCAGUAGGCGAUCAUUUUCUCUUGUUUUUCCUGAUAAGGCUGCUACUUUAGACAUUAUUCGAAGAAAAAUUACAAAAAAUACGAUUUUUUUUUUCUUCCUAAAUGCGAUUUUUUCAAAUUAGAUCACUUAUUAAUAAGGCUGGCGUUUGCAAAAACUUGAGUGUUAAAAGUAAAUUUUUUUUUUAGAAUGUACGGUACAAGAAACUCGUUAUUAAGAAAGGUAUUGCCCAAUAACCGCGAUCGGUGUAUACACAAUUUAAACCUACAGUGUGCCAAACCAGACGGGCUGACCUUUUGAGGAAAUUAUCCUCUUUUGUUCAACGAAAAGGCCAAAUCACCUUUUUUAUUAAGAACUCUGAUGUAAACUGAACAAUUUCAAGGAGCUGGAAUGAGCCGCCAUAACUUUUUGACGACUGACAGGGCUCUAUAAUUAUUCUCUCGAUUUCCUCUCACCAGUCUUUUUUUUUCAGCGUGGAGUACGAGGGAUCUGGGGAGUUUCGAGUGAUGAACGACGGAAACUCAAGUUAUUUUCAAUUUUUAUGCGGAUUGAAACGUAUUUUGCAGUUUGGCUGAUUCGCGAGGGCAACAGUUCCGAACUGGCAAUCUCUUUCCUGCCUGAGGAGCAGUAUCACCUCGAUGCGAUCAAUUUCCACUGGGCCACUGAACCCAUGAACGGUUCUGAGCACACCAUUGGGGGUAACGGAAAUAUUUCUUACCGAGUGAAAAAGAAAAGUUCAGGUGUUGGAUAUGCGGGAGAGAUGCACUUGAUUCACAGGAACACACGAUUCGCCUCCAUGGCCGACGCUUUGAAACAGCCGAAAGGCGUUCUUUCUUUCGCCAUCUUUCUCAACGUUCACUUGUAAUCUUAACACGGACAACUUUUUUCCUUCAUUCAGGAGUCUCACGACGAUAACCUGGCUCUGAAACCUCUGGUAGACGUUCUUCAAAACGUGAUUUACAAAGGCAGCGAGUGCAAGCUGUCGUCUUUCAACUUCCAGGCAUUCUUCCCUGUGGCUGGUCCGUUUCCCAACUUCUGCCAUCUCUCAUUUCUUUGGCAGAAAAAGCGAAAGAGUUCUGGAUGUACGACGGUUCGGAGACAACGGAUCCUUUUCGCGAAACUGUCAGCUGGAUCGUCAUGCGCUCAGCCAUUCCCAUCAGUUCUCACCAGGUAAAUUCAGCCUUUUUCUCUUUUUUUUUUGUUCCUUUCAAAAACGAUCCUGCAUAGUCUCCCAGCGGAAGAAAACUCUUUUGAAUCGAUUUUAGAAAAAAAAGUGUUUUGGCGCCUUGUGAGUAUUUCAUCAGGCUUCUUAGUGAGUUAGUGACUGAUAUGAUAUUCAAAAAUAUUGAUUUUUGCAACUCCUGAAAUAUUUUUGUUUUCGGGCAAAGUCGGAAGGGUGUAUAAAAGCUGCAAAAAGAGAGAGGCUCAAAAAAGGCCCUACAAAGGCUCGAAAGAGGCCCUACAAAGGCUCAAAAUAGCAGCAAAAAUAAUACAAAAGUAAAGUGGCCCCUUUAGGGGUUUCAGUUAGUGGCCCCUAUAGGGGACAUACUAGUCGAUAACUAUUAUGGACUGUAAGCCAAAAAUCAUGAGAAAAACUAAAUACAUAAGCGUUUUGAAUGAUUUUGAAAGACCCCGAUAGGGUCUACUUACGCUUUUUAGAGGCUUAGGGUCAGACUUUCAACCACUACAGGAACCACUUCGAUUUUACCCCUAAAGAAACCACUUCUUCGGCCUCUACAUGGGUUGUUUUACCCCCUAACCCCUAUAAGGACCAUUCUGGAAUCACUAAGGACGCUUUUUGGUUUCAGCUCGACAAGCUGCGUGAAGUGCGCGCGGGUCGCUACGACGAGGAGUCUUCGGACAGGGUGGCGAUGAAGCCGUUGCGGAGCAUCCAGCCGGCCAACUCGCGCACCAUUCUCUCUAGCUUCCGAUCGGUGGCCGGAGCGCCUGACCUUGGCUUCCGACAGUGA